UAUCUUCCUCCGCAUUUCGACGAUCAACCAUACUUCAACAAAACAACCAGAUUCGUGGAAUUAUAACAUGAGAUUGUCCAACUUGUCCAGUCAGGCGAAUGGGUGUCUUGAACCGCAUGUCACUACCCUACUUAACCUGUGCUAUUGUACGGUCAUGACGUGUUCGCAUGGUGAUGGUUCCGCCACCAUCGAUGCCGGGGCUGCAAGCUUCAAUGCCCCUACCUGGCGCCUACUCGUACUAUGGAGGAAAACGGCUCGGGUAUCUUUGCUUCGAAGAGUGCUUAGCACACGAAGCCCCCGUUUCCUGCCCAGUUCAGGACUUAUGUUAUAUACUGAAUAUACCUUGAGGAGUUGGUCGGUUCAGCGGGAAAUCGACAGGAAGCGAGCCUGUUCGGUUACUCAAUAUCGCUAUGAAAUAGCCAGAGAAGGAAGAAGCCUGGAAGUCUACAGCUAUUUAUUCGGAACUCAGCCUGUUACAUCGGUGCCUUAUACAGCAUAUACCGCCAGAGAUAUGUAAAGA